GUUUCUGAGCCCCGCCGCAGCUAGUAUUGUCGCUAUCGUCAUCACUUACCUAUACAGAUACAGUGCUUGCCCCGUGAGGCUGCAGACCUCUUGUCGGGUUUUUGGCGGUCCAACCUGACCUGACAACCUAAAUUUAGAGGUAUCUACUAUCUGGUUAUAUACAUUGUAUAGCAGCUACGAGUACGAUGGCAGAAACGCAUCACAAAUUAGCAGGCCCCUGAAAGUGGUCGAAGACCUGAUGAAUUAUAGCUGCUUCUGCGUGCAUUAUAUUAUGGCUACACUGCAGCUGAACUGAAGCCCCUGCUGGAGAGACGGUGAGCUGCGCAGCCCCGACGGGGAUGGAUGGGCGCAGCGUGGUGCUCUUCACUAUCCCCGCCAGCGCUGCUACAACUGCUGCAAGCGGGCAGCAGGCGGCGGGUACGGCAUCUGCUGAGCGGCGCGGGUGGCAACGACGGCGGUCGCACAAGUCACAAGCCAGCAUCACGGGAGUACCAACCACGUUGAUUGCAUUGGCCUUCCUCACGCUUGUGGCGCUACCCGGCGCGUGGGGCCAAGUCAACAUAGCCAGCGUUGCGGUCACGCUGAACAAGGUCGAGCAGAGCAAAACCGCUGAUGGCUACUACGUUGUCGCGUCCGGUGCUAAGCCCAGCCUGCUGUUUGCGGUGAGCAGCAGCGGAGCCUCCAGUCAGUACAACGUGGUGGCCUGGUACAACUACCCCAAAUCACAAGGUAACGGCCCGCUCCGCAAGUCCGGCAGUGCCACGGAGAUCUGUCCCGCCGGCAGCACCAGCAACCCACUGAUCACAGGCAACGCUGCAACCACCCUGGACUUCAACCCGACCAAUGAGACCUCCAUUGUGGCCUCUGGCGGCGGCCUGCUGCCAGGCUGCUACACGGUACGGGUGGCACUGGUGCUUCCAGGCACCAUGACGUUCUCUGGAAGCGCCGCCUCGGCCGGCUUGCGCGUGGGCAGCCCCACCGGAGUCGGCAACUGCUCAAGUGUGGUCAACAUCCCGCCCAACUGCGACACCACGCUGUUCCAGUAUGACCCGCCUACCAUCGCAUCCGGGAACGUGGUUGUGGCCCAGCCCAUCUCCGGCAGCGCCUGCCAGACGCUCAGCUUCAAGGUGCCGCCAGCCGGGUGCUCCGACCUGGAAGGGACCGCCCUUACAUACAAGUGGACGGUGUUCACGCCGGCGACAGACGUAGUGACACUCACCAAGUUCGGGCCCAACGCGACAUUCACGUCGGGGCUUCCAGGACUGGAGCUGCCGCCAGGCCCCUGGAACAUCAACCUGACUGUCACGGACUCGCCCGCCAAUGCAUCCAUGGCGCAAGUCAAGUUCGUGAGCUACUACUUCAUCAACAUCAGCUCCUGCGCAAUCAACUACGCGCCCGAGGCUCCGGUGCUGACCGGGCCCACAUGCGGCGCCGCCAUCGCCAUCAACGCCACCUCGACCGACGCCAACUGGGACCGCCUUCAGUACUCAUUCGUACUGUACGGCGCCGCUGGUGCCGGCGGCGGGGUGGUGCGGGACUCGGGAUACACCGCCGCCACCAGUGCCAGCUACUCCACCAGCGGUGCGGCGGCGCUGGCGGCGGGGACCUACACGCUAUCGGUGACGGCCAGGGACAACGCCACGACGCCGCUGACCUCGCCGGCCACAACCAUCACGUUGAUCCUCGGUGCAUGCACGUAUCUGCCGCCUCCCUUACCACCUGUGCCGCCCUUGCCAUCACCCCCCUCGCCAGCGCCUCCCUCACCUCCGCCACCGUCUCCCGAUCCACCAUCACCUCCACCUCCAUCCCCUGCACCGCCGUCGCCUCGACCGCCAUCGCCGGUACCCCCCUCACCUCUUCCACCCUCGCCGGUGCCCCCGUCACCCAGGCCGCCAUCGCCCGCUCCCCCCUCACCCCCACCUCCAUCGCCGGCACCGCCCUCUCCUUGGCCUCCGUCGCCUGCGCCAGCGCCGCCGUCACCUGCGCCCCCAUCACCCAAGCCCCCAUCGCCCACGCCGCCCCUGCCGCCGUCACCGGUGCCGCCCUCGUCACAGCCACCCUCCAGUCAGCCGCCCUCCCCCGGGCCGCCCUCGCCCCGGCCACCUUCAUCACCCGUGCCGUCUCCUGCGCCGCCAUCGCCUCUUCCGCCCUCGCCGCCGCCGCCGUCACCGGAACCGCCACUCCCUCCCUCUCCAAAACCACCGACCGCACCAGUGCCGCCGCUCCCACCUUCUCCUUCCCCACCGCAGCCGCCGGCACCUGCACCACCAGUGCCGCCCUCCCCCGCCCCGCCACUACCUCCAUCACCUCUUCCUCCGGACCCGCCCUCUCCACACCCACCGCUGCCACCCUCUCCAGUACCUCCACUGCCGCCCUCGCCCGAGCCGCCAGCGCCACCUCUCCCGCCUUCACCUCAUCCGCCUGAGCCACCCGCGCCGCCGUCCCCUAAUCCGCCCGCUCCCCCCUCAGCCGCGCAGCUGGCGCCCUCGCCUCCCGCGCCACCGCCAUCACCCGCACCGCCUUUACCUGCUCCCCCCUCGCCUGUGCCACCUGCACCGCCAUCACCGGAGCCUCCUGCCCCGCCGUCCCCGGCCCCACCAUCCCCUCCGCCCGCUCCCCCGCCGGCUGCUCCAGCCCCGCCCAGCCCAGCGCCCUCGCCGCCUCCCCCAUCACCUGCACCUCAGUCUCCCGCCUCGCCGCCCCUUCCACCUGCGCCUCUUCCACCCUCGCCCCUCCCGCCCUCGCCCGACCCUCCGACCUCCCCGGUCCCACCAUCGCCACAGCCACCGUCGCCUACUCCGCCGCUUCCACCGUCCCCAGACCCACCAGCGCCGCCCUCGCCUGUGUCGCCAACACCGCCCUCACCUGAGCCCCCGGCACGACCCGUGCCGCCGUCCCCGCAUCCAUCAGCGCCACCGACACCAGUAUCUCCGGCGCCACCUGCCCCACCCUCACCCGCGCCGCUAGCCCCUGCACCUCCCCACCCGCCAGUGCCUCCUUCCCCAGAACCGCCCCUUUCACCCUCACCAGCGCCGCCGCAGCCACCAGCGCCGACCCCAACCCCGCCGCCACUUCCGGAGCCACCCUCUCCAGAGCCUCCACAGCCUCCCAGCCCCGCACCACCGACGCCGCCCAGCCCGGAGCCACCGUCACUGCCCAGCCCAACGCCGCCCUCCCCACGCCCCCCGCGGCCACCCUCCCCACUACCUCCACUGCCACCUUCGCCCGAACCGCCGGCGCCACCUCUCCCGCCGUCGCCGGCUCCGCCGGCGCCGCCGUCCCCUAAUCCGCCCGCUCCCCCCUCACCCGCACCGCUGGCUCCCUCGCCUCCCUCGCCGCCGCCAUCACCCGCACCGCCUUCGCCUGCUCCCCCCUCGCCCGUGCCGCCUGUACCGCCAUCGCCGGAGCCUCCUGCCCCGCCGUCCCCGGCCCCACCAUCCCCUUCGCCCCCUCCAACGCCCACGCCACCCAGCCCACUCGCACCGCCCGCUCCCGCGCCGGCUGCGCCACUUCCGCCCAGCCCAGCUCCCUCGCCGCCGACUCCUUCACCGGGGCCCUCCUCCCCACCGCCAGGACCACCGCAUGGCUCGCCUGCAACCCCGGUGCCGCCGCCGGCCCCGGCGCCCCCUUCGCCAGGCCCCCGGCCGCCAUCACCACCCCCUGCUCGCAACGUGCCAAGUUCCCCGGAUGCACCCGCACUGCCUGCGGCCCCGCCGCCGCCGGCCCCGCCGCCCUCCCCGCCGCCGCCGCCCCGCCCGCCACCCGCGCCGCCGCUGCCGCCCACGGCCGCCGUGGUGUCCUCCCUGGUCACGCUGGACAGCUACGUGAGCAGCAGUGAAGACCUCAAGCUGCUGAUCGACGCGCUGGGUCCCGAGUACAAAGUUUCCAUCGCCGGACAGAGGGUGACCUUCAGUCUGCGGGUGCCUGUCGGGCUGGACAUGUUGGACAGCGGCUGUCAGAGCGCCAACGUGCGGGGGGUGCUGGCGCAGGUGCCGGCGGCGGUGGGCGUGUCGCCGGAGGACGUGUCUGCGGAGUGCGCCCCGGUGCAGCCGGCGGCGGAGCUGGCGGCACUCAUCCAGUCAGCGGCGCAGGGCCCCGCUGGCAGUAGCAGUAGCAGUAGCAGUAGCAGUAGCAGUAGCAGCGGCGCACGCCGGGCGGUGCUACAGCAGGCAGUGGUGGCACGAAGCGGUGGGGCGCUGCCACGACACCUCCUGAACACGGACAGCGGCAGUGCCGCCAGACAGCGCCGCGCACUGCAACAGCAGCAACAGCUGCAAGCCCAGCAGCCGCCGGCUGCUAACACCACGCCUCCGACUACGCCGCCGCCGAACCCGCAGCCGCCGCCUCUGCCGCCUGCAGUGGACCCGGCGUGUGCGGGGAGCUUGGCCUUGAACAUGAGCUUACUGCUGGGCGCCAGCUCCGAUGCGCCGCAGCUGACGGAAAAGGCCCGAGCACUGCUGAAGCAAAUCGCGUUUGCGCGCGCAGCCUGCGCAAGCAGCAGCAGCGGCGGCGGAGGUUCGGCCAGCGCCGCUGCUGACGACAGCGCUGUGGUUGUGUCCACAUCCACGUCCACGGUGUUGGUGAUCAGUCGUGUGUUGAAUGACGGCACAGAUGCGACGGCCUCGUGUGCAGCGGUGGAGUCCGCUGUGGAGGCAGCCGCCGCCGCUGCGUCGGUCACAUUCAGCCGUGGUGUUGGCAACGCCACCAGUGCCAGCAGUGCCGGCGGGGGAGACAGCGGGUGUCAGGUGCAGGCAGCCACGCCGGACCUGCUGGCGUCGCUAACGGCUGACGAGGGUGCGCCGGCGGAAGCAGCAGCCGGCUUCAACAGCGGCCGGCGCAACCCCACCACCUCGACAGAGGCUGUGCCGCUGCCUGGCGCCGCGCCGCCUGCGCCGGGGCCGGCGCAGCAGACCGCAAUCGGCAUGCCGGUGUGGGCUAUCGCCAUGGUCUGCGCGGUGGGUGGCUUCUUAGUUAUCGGCAGCGUGAUCGGUGUGAGGAUGAUUAUAACGCGCGGCGCCACCACCGCCGCCGCCGCCGCUGCCAUCCCGACCGCCACUGUCAACAAUAACGCCUUCUCGCCUGAGUCAAACAUGCCAACCGUUCGCCAGCUUGACCGGCGACCCGAUGAAUUCACACGGCUCGCAGAGCAGCAGCAGGGUCAUUUCCAGAACCUGGCAGCCGCGUCGGGAGCCGGUGCAGGAGUGGCAGCUGGGGCGGGGGCGGGCGCAGCCCUGGCAGGGGGAUCAGGGGCGGGGCGUGUCAGCGCCCCAGGUGUGAAUAGUCGGGGCGGUAUGCUCAGUGGCGGGUCUGGAGAGCACGCGCCGUACAUGCGUGUGUCGGCGAACCCAAUGUUUGAGCCGGAUGGGGCGGAGUUCAUUGCGGCUGCUGCGGGCACCGGCGGUGCAGCUGCAGCGGUGGGAGUAGGAGCAGCAGUGACUUCGAGGGUGCCGCCGCCGCCGCCGCCGCCGCCGCCGGGUACCACGUGGCGGGCGGCGGUCGCGGCGGCGGCGGCGGAGCACGCGGCGGUGGUGCCAGCAGCAUCAGCGGCAGCAGGCGCAGGCGGCGUGGCAGCCGCCGCCGCAGCCGCCUCCCGGGCGGAUGAGGUUGUGGCGUUGCAGCCUGGGGAGGUGCGUGACGUGACGCCUCAGAUGCGGUCGCCGCCGGCUGCCCGUAUGGCGCCGCCGUCGACGCUGCAGACGGCGGCGCCGCGCCGCGCAAGCAUCCUGGCGGAUCUGGUGCCCAAUGUGGUGCGGCGGGCCAGCGUGCUCAUCAUGAACGCGGCACAUGGCGGCCGGGGGCGCGAGUACGCGGUGUGAGAGACGCCGGCACUGAGAGACCCGGCGGGACGGUGUGUGCGUGUGGCCCAUGGGCCAUGGCAAGCCGAGAGGUGACGCCUUCCACGGAAGGGCACGGCUUCGUGGCUGCGGUGGAUCGGCGUCUGAUAGCGCAUGCGCUGUGUGUUACCUCGACCACAUUCCUGCAGGGGUUUCAGGAGGGAUCAUCUUGUCGUGCUGAGAUGCACGUCGCAUUGCCAUUGUUUCCUACUAUUGAAUUGUGAGCACUGUACCAUGGCGUAAGUAUGCAUUUGAGGGCUUCUGUGAUCGCAUGCCGGAAUAGCUGAUAUUACCCAGGUUUGCGCCUGGCAGCAUGCGGUGGUCCUUGCCGUCAGUGCCGUGGGCAGGUUUGCUGAAGCUCAUUUCUUAAGGCUGGGCAUUUAAGCACCGUGUUCAAUGUGCUUAAGUGCUUACGAGCAUUGUGCAUGUACCGGGAGUGACACAAUGCCCCCAACGCCAUAUGCAACUGCUUCCAUUUAUCCUCUCCAUGGACCCCUGGUUGGCCUGACAUCACGACAUGCAUUGCGGGCAUUAAUUGCUAAAUUGUCACAGGUCCCGCGCCUGAAAGUACCAUGCACAGUGAUUACCGUACCGUAUGUAUUCCGACUGCAGUGCUCUUAUCUUGCAUCUACACUGCAGAAAUUUGCCCCAAAUUUGUGUAGACGUUUUGGCGCAGAUUUGGCGGUAUCUUAAAACGUUUGGGGGGUUCUUGCCCUCUAGGUGCCGCGGACGGGGUCAUGAACGAUCUGUAGACGCCGCGGGCCUGAGGGCAUCUACAAGAUACGGGCACUGGGACUCCGCCGAGUCACCGAGCUUGAUACUAGCUAGUGCGGCGGACGCGGGCUCGUUGCUGGUCAACUUCUAGCCCGGCGCCAGCAACGUAGCAGGGCAUCAGGGCCUGUGGCCGCAACGUAGUACCAGCGGACGGGUGACAAGCUAGGCAGUUUGUUCCAGGCCGCCUUGUAAAUGACAAAUGAU